AUGUCUGACCAGGAGGCAAAACCUUCAACUGAGGUUGGGGAUAAGAAGGAAUGAGAAUACAUUAAACUCAAAGUCAUUGGACAGGAUAGCAGUGAGAUUCACUUCACAAUGAAAAUGACAACACAUCUCAAAAAACUCAAAAGAAUCAUAGUCAGAAUUGCUGAUAAUCACACUCCAAAAGAACUGGGAAUGGAGGAAGAAGAUGUGAUUGAAGUUUAUCAGGAACAAACGGGGUCAUUCAAUUAUGAGAAAGGAUCGGGAGUGGAAGCUGAGGGGAAGGAAAGGCUGCUUCAGGCCUGGCUGCUGCUGCGGCUCCACCGAGGUCUCCAGGAACUGGGCUCAGUCCUCCACUCCGGCGCACACCGUCUUUGA